UUUAAUUUUAUGGCAUCCAUUUUGAAACCUUCAAACUUGCUACUUUUCUACCAAACGCCAAGAAAACAUGUCACCUUCAUCACCAUCUUCAUCUCCCACCACAACAUCUGGAAUCCUGUCAUCAAGGGAAGCAGCAAGUUUGCAAGACCAUAAUGUCAUUUGUGACAUCCCAGAUGAGGACGAGCGAGUCAUAUUUGAACGAAAAACAGCUGUCCGAAGCAGCAAGACGAACUGGCUGAAACUUUAUCGAUACGCCACGGUUUGGGAUAUGGUAUUCGUUUGUGUUGCAUCAUUUUGCGCAAUUGCUGGCGGCAGUAUGAUUCCCCUCACAACAGUCAUCUUUGGGGAGCUCGCUGGCAAUCUUCAGCUGGUGGCGUCCGACGCCAUCGGCCGUCCCAAGUUCUUUCAACUGCUGAACAGCACUGUUUUAUACUCGAUAUACCUUUCAAUAGGAAUUUUCAUUUUGAUAUAUGCCGCCACUGUCGGAUUUAUAUACACUGGAGAUCAUAUAGCAUCCAAAAUUCGACAAGAAUACCUCAGAGCCAUUCUUCGCCAAAACAUUGGAUAUUUCGAUCGGGUUGGUGCUGGGGAGCUUACUGCCAGCAUCACGAGUGAUAUCAACAUCAUUCAAGAUGGCGUAUCCCAGAAGGUGGCUUUGACUAUGACGAGUGUUGCAACUUUCGUCAUUGCUUUCAUCAUUGGAUUUACGAGAUCUUGGAAGUUGACAUUGAUAUGCUCAUGCACCGUGUGGUCGAUCGUCGCUGUCAUGGGAUAUGGCUCAAGACUUUCUAUUGGCUACAAGAAGAAGUCUUUGGAUGCAUCUGCUGAGGGUGGAAGCUUCGCAGAGGAAGUUCUCAGCUCCGUUCGUAAUGCCACGGCUUUUGGAACACAGGAUAAACUAGCCAGGCAACACUGCUCUUAUCUAGCGAUCGCAGAGCAUUGGGGUUUCAGAUUCAGAGCAACAUUAGGCACUAUGAUUGGAAUCUUGUACUCUUUCCUUUACCUAAACUAUGGGCUGGCGUUCUGGGCGGGGUCUAAGUUUGUUGUUAAUGGAAGUGCUACUUUGUCAGACAUCAUAACGAUAAUUUUUGCGAUAAUCAUGGGAUCUGCGAGCCUCAGUCAAAUAGGUCCAAAUUUCCAAGCGCUAGCGGCCGGUAUUGCAGCUUCUUCUAAAGUGUACGCCACUAUCGACCGAAUUUCGCCAUUGAACCCUACUACAGAGGUUGGGACUCGACUUGCAAACGUCGAGGGAAAGGUGGAAUUUCGAGAUAUCAAGCAUAUAUACCCCUCCAGACCGGAUACCGUGGUUCUACCGGGACUCAACCUAGAGUUCCCAGCUGGGAAGAUGACGGCGCUAGUUGGAGCUUCCGGCUGUGGCAAGAGCUCGAUCGUGGGCUUGCUGGAGAGGUUUUAUGAACCAGUGGCUGGAGCUAUUCUACUGGACGGCCAUGAUAUCACGGGGCUGAAUCUACGUUGGCUCCGCCAACAGAUGGCCUUAGUACAGCAGGAACCUGUUCUCUUCAGCCAAAGCAUUGCGGAGAACAUUCGAAAUGGAUUGAUCGGGUCAACUUUUGAGCAUGAGCCAGAACAGCAACAACAGGACCGCAUCAUUCGUGCCGCAAAACUCGCCAAUGCACAUGGCUUCAUUUCGGCAUUGCCUGAAGGCUAUAAUACAUACAUUGGAGAACGAGGCUUCCUUCUUUCCUCUGGCCAGAAACAACGAAUUUCGAUUGCUCGUGCAGUCAUCGCAGAUCCGAAGAUAUUACUUCUGGAUGAGGCUACUUCAGCGCUUGAUAAUAAGUCUGAGGCCAUUGUUCAAAAGGCGCUUGAUGAAUCAACGAAAGGCAGAACGACCAUCGUCAUUGCUCACAGGUUAUCUACUGUCAAGAAAGCAGACAGAAUCGUUGUCUUAGAAAAUGGUUGUAUUGUUGAGCAAGGCACGCAUAAGACACUUCUACAUCAUAGAGGGGUAUAUUUCAAUUUCGUUUCUGCUCAACGCUUCGUCGAUCAUCCAGGAGAGGAAAGAGAUGAAGAUGUUCUUUCAACUGCGAGUUCAACAUUGCCAAAGAAAGAGUUCAGGUCCCAUGACUAUGAAUUCGCGUUUGAAGAUUUCGAUCUUCCUGAGCUUGGCACAGGUGUGAUCAGCGUCAGUACACGAGACUCGAGGGCAGUGGUGAAUGAUAAGAAUCACCGUGUUAAGCAAGCCUCGAAAAUGCCACGGCGCCGCCACAAACAUCAGGAAGACGGGAACGUACGUUAUUCCUUAUGGAGCAUACUCAAAUUCAUCCUUUCUUUCAAUAUCGGCGAUGCGCUAUUCAUGUCUUUAGGACUCAUUUGCUCAAUUGUCGUCGGAGCAGGUCAACCAGUACAAGGAGUACUUCUUGGGAAGGCUGUAGUCUCGAUUUCCCUCCCACUCUCGAAUAGCAGUCGACUAAGAUCCGAGAUUGACUUUUGGGCACUUAUGUAUCUUAUGCUUGGAUUGGUGGAACUUAUUGCGAUAGUGGCCCAGGGAGUCGCUUUUGCGUAUUGCUCCGAAAGGCUUAUCUUCCGCGCCAAGGAUCGAGCUUUUAGAACCUUCUUGAGGCAGGAUAUCGCUUUUAUGGACGAGAAGAAAAAUGGAGCAGGAUCGUUGACUUCUUUCCUAUCCACCGAGAUCAACCACUUGACGGGCAUCUCAGGUAUGACCCUUGGAGCAUUGCUUUCGUCCGGAACCACGCUUUUCGCCGCAGUUUGCAUCGCUCUGGCAAUUGGAUGGAAACUUGCUCUUGUAACCAUGAGCACCAUUCCAGUCGUCCUUGGUUGCGGUGUCCUUCGCAGCUGGUCGUUGCGCCGCUUCGACGAAAAUUCCAAGGCAGCAUAUCAGGAGUCAGCCAAUUAUGCUUGUGAGAACAUUAACGCAAUGCGAACAGUUGCAAGUUUUACCAUGGAGUCAAAAAUCGAUCAAGACUAUCACAGACAGAUCGCCAAGCAAGGUAGAACGUCUUUGAAGUCGAACCUGAAGACUUCCAGCCUCUACGCGGCGUCGCAGUCACUCAUUGUGCUUUGCAGUGCCCUUGCAUUUUGGUAUGGUGGGACUCUCGUCGGAAGUGGAGAAUAUGGCCUUUUGCAGUUUACAAUCUGCUUUUAUGAGAUAAUUUACGGGGUUCAGACAGCUGGAGCGGUCUUCAGCUAUGCCCCUGAUAUCGGUAAAGCCUUGAAUGCCGGAUCAGCACUCAAGAAUCUUGAGGACAAACGGCCGGAAAUUGAUACAUGGAGUACUGAGGGCAAGAGCGUUGAGACUGUGAAGGGCGACAUUGAGUUUCGAGAUGUUCACUUCAAUUAUCCAGGGCGACCAAAUGUGCCUGUUCUCCAAGGGUUGAAUUUUACUGUAAAAAGUGGCCAGUAUGUAGCCAUUGUCGGCGCGUCUGGAUGCGGGAAGUCGACUAUAAUCGCCAUGUUAGAGCGCUUUUACAAUCCAGUUUCUGGGGGUGUACUCGUUGAUGGCAAGGAUAUCUCUCGUCUCAACGUCAACGAUUAUAGGUCUCAUCUAGCUCUCGUAUCCCAGGAACCUGUUUUAUAUGGCGGCACAAUCAAGGAAAAUAUUCUGCUAGGUAUUGAUAGUGCUGAUGUCAGUGAAGAACGACUACUGCUUGCCUGCCAGCAAGCCAAUACUUAUGACUUCAUUAUGUCGCUCCCUGACGGCUUCAAUACCGAGUGUGGCUCCAAAGCCAUUCUUCUUUCUGGCGGACAAAAGCAAAGAUUGGCAAUAGCCCGCGCACUUCUGCGCAACCCACGGAUCCUCUUGCUAGAUGAAGCGACAUCUGCAUUAGACUCCGAGUCUGAGAAGAUUGUUCAACAAGCGCUAGAUACAGCUGCGAAGGGGCGUACUACCAUUGCGGUGGCCCACAAUCUACGUACUGUCCAGAAGGCAGAUAUGAUCUACGUACUGGAGAAUGGAGCUGUUGUAGAGAGCGGGAGGCAUGAUGAGUUGAUGGCUUUAAAUGGAGUAUAUACAGAGUUAGUAUCAUUGCAAAAUUUAGCUCAACCAGCUCGUUCGAAUUGAG